GGGCCGCUGCUCUUAAAGGGGCAGCGCCCUCCAACUCACAGUCUCCCAACUCAACCACUCCCCAGUUCACAUCAUCCCCACAAUUCACAUCCCCCCCAACUCACACCGACCCCCAACUCACACCCUCCAAUUCACACCACCCCCCAACUCACACUGCCCCCCAGUUCACACACCCCCAACUCACACACUCCCCAAGGCACACUGCCCCCCCAACUCACACUGCCCCCCCAACUCACACUGUCCCCUCAACUCAGGCUGUCCCACUGCAACUCACACCAUCCCCUCCAUUCACAUUGUCCCCCAAACUCACACCAUCCUUCCCAACUCACACGACCCCCUAACUAAACCCCCCAACUCACAUCAUCUCCCCAGCUCACACCAUCCCCUCAAUUCACACCCCCAAAGCCACCUGUGGGUCCUCAGGAGUCCCUCUCUUUGUGGGGCUGGGCAUUUUGGGGUGCUGUUGUAGGGUCCUGAGACCCUCCAGUGGGCACAUUGGGGGUGCAGUGUGGAUGCUCUGUAGUGGGGCCGUGCCAACGCCAUGCUGGGGACACAGGGGACACCGUGAUGGAGAUGGUGGGGACGCUGUGCUGGGGACACAGGGGACAACAUGCCAACUUGGUGGGCACCCAACAGGGAUGCCCUGUGCCAGAUCCAUGAGGGCCCAGGGCUGGGGAUACUGGGGACCCCAUGCUGGAGAUGAUGGGACAUUGUCCUGGGACUAUGGGGACAUUUAUUGGUGACCCAUUGCAGCUGCUCCACUGGGAUCAUGGGGACACUGGGGACACACUAUUGACACAAGGACCUGCAACAUGGACACUGUGCUGGGCUGUGGGGGCAUUGUGACAGCCGUGGGGGACCCAAAAUUGCCACCCUGUAUUGGGAUCAUGAGGGGAUCCUGUACUGGGAAUGCUGGGGACCAUGUACUGGGUGCACUGGGGGCUGUGUACUGGGAACACUGGGGGCUCUGUCCUGGGGUGUGGGGACACCGUGACAGCCAUCUGGGGAUCCAAAAUUGUCACCCUAUACCGGGAUCGUGUAGAGAUCCUGUACUGGGCAUGCCGGGCCCCUGUACUGGGGACACUGGGGACACUGGGGUGGGCUGUGGGGACACUGUGACAGCCCAGGGGUGGACUAAAAAUGGUCACCCGGUGCUGGUACCGUGGGGACUCUGCCGGGGAUGCUGGGGACAGUGUACUGGGGACUCUGGAGACCCCGUUGCUGGCCCAUGGGGACACUGUGGGGGGCCCCAACACGGCCACCCCAUGGGGGACCUUGUGCUGGGGGCCUCGGUGGUGCCGAACUGGGACCAGGAGCAGCCUGUCCUGCGGACCCUGGGGUCACUGCGGACCCCCCAGCCCUGCGCGUCCCCGCUGUGGCGGCUCCCCCGGGCCCAGCCGGGGGGUCCCGGGGGGUCCCGGCGGUGACGUCACGGGCGCGUUGCCCGGUGACGCGGUGUGACGUCAGGCCGGCCGCCCCCCGGCAGCAAUGGCGGCGGCGCCCGCGCCGGCCAGGCCGCGCUGACAUGGACCUCAAGGGCCAGUACUGGACGGACGAUGACUCCGACGGGGACAAUGAGUCCGAGGAGUUCCUCUACGGCGUCCAGGGGACCUGCGCCGCCGACCUGUACCGGCACCCGCAGCUGGACGCCGACAUCGAGGCGGUGAAGGAGAUCUACAGCGAGAAUGCCGUGGCCGUCAGGGAGUACGGGACCAUCGAUGACGUGGACAUCGACCUGCACGUGAACAUCAGCUUCCUCGAUGAGGAGGUGGCGACGGCGUGGAAGGUGCUGCGGACGGAGCCCAUCGUCCUCCGCCUGCGCUUCUCCCUCUCCCAGUACCUCGAUGGCCCUGAACCGUCCAUCGAGGUGUUCCAGCCGUCCAACAAGGAGGGCUUCGGGCUGGGUCUGCAGCUGAAGAAGAUCCUGGGCAUGUUCACAUCCCAGCAAUGGAAACACCUCAGCAACGAUUUCCUGAAGACCCAGCAGGAGAAGCGGCACAGUUGGUUCAAGACGAGCGGCACCAUCAAGAAGUUCCGCGCUGGCCUCAGCAUCUUCUCCCCCAUCCCCAAGUCUCCCAGCUUCCCUGUUAUCCAAGACUCGGUGCUGAAGGGCAAACUGGGCAUCCCUGAGGCUCGUGUGAACCGCCUGAUGAACCGCUCCGUGUCCUGCAUGGUGAAGAACCCCAAGGUGGAAGUUUUCGGCUACCCCCCUGCCAGCACCCAGGCAGGUGUUGCACCCUUCAACAUCCUGGUCGGUGGCCACUGCAAGAACAUCCCUACGCUGGAGUACGGCUUCCUCGUCCAGAUCAUGAAGUACGCGGAGCAGCGGAUCCCGACGCUCAACGAGUACUGCGUGGUGUGUGACGAGCAGCACGUCUUCCAGAACGGCUCCAUGCUCAAGCCGGCUGUGUGCACGCGGGAGCUCUGCGUCUUCUCCUUCUACACCCUGGGCGUCAUGUCGGGCGCAGCUGAGGAGGUGGCCACGGGUGCCGAGGUGGUGGACCUGCUGGUGGCCAUGUGCCGCGCUGCCCUCGAGUCCCCUCGCAAGAGCAUCAUCUUCGAGCCUUAUCCCUCUGUGGUGGACCCCAACGACCCCAAAACUCUUGCCUUCAACCCCAAGAAGAAGAACUACGAGCGGCUGCAGAAGGCCCUGGACAGCGUGAUGUCCAUCCGGGAGAUGACCCAGGGAUCCUAUCUGGAGAUCAAGAAGCAGAUGGACAAGCUGGACCCUCUGGCCCAUCCCCUCCUGCAGUGGAUAAUCUCCAGCAACAGAUCCCACAUCGUCAAGCUGCCUCUCAGCAGGCAGCUGAAGUUCAUGCACACCUCCCACCAGUUCCUCCUGCUCAGCAGCCCCCCGGCCAAGGAGGCGCGGUUCCGCACGGCCAAGAAACUCUACGGCAGCACCUUCGCUUUCCACGGCUCUCACAUUGAGAACUGGCAUUCCAUCCUCCGCAACGGACUGGUCAACGCUUCCUACACCAAACUGCAGGUACCGCUCUGCUCCACAGGCCAGAAGCACCCCGGAGUGGCAGGCAGGGAGGGAGGGAGGGAGAGAGGGGAGCAGGCAGGCAGGGAAUGGGACAGGCAGGUAAGGAGGGGGACAGGCAGCGGGGCGUUCCAAGUGCCUCCACUGUCACCGCGCCUGAGCUGUCGAGGUGACCCCACCACACUCAUCCUGGUGUUUUCCUGCAAGCUGCAUGGAGCAGCCUAUGGCAAGGGCAUCUAUCUGAGCCCCAUCUCCAGUAUUUCCUUUGGAUACUCAGGGAUGGGGAAAGGCCAGCACCGGAUGCCGUCGAAGGAUGAGCUGGUGCAGCGGUACAACAGGAUGAACACCAUCCCCCAGACCCGCUCCAUCCAGUCCCGCUUCCUCCAGAGCCGCAACCUGAACUGCAUCGCGCUUUGUGAAGUGAUCACCUCCAAGGACCUGCAGAAACACGGCAACAUCUGGGUGUGCCCCGUCUCGGACCACGUCUGCACCCGCUUCUUCUUUGUGUACGAAGACGGCCAAGUGGGAGAUGCCAAUAUCAAUACUCAGGACCCCAAAAUCCAGAAGGAGAUCAUGCGUGUGAUCGGGACUCAGGUGUACACAAACUGAGCGGUGGCAGUGGUGGGACCCCCGGGACCCCCCGGGCACUGAGUGGAGCCCCCCAGGCAAGGCCAGGAAAGGCCGAGUGGGAUUUGAGCCCCCCGGGCAGGGCAGAGCCAGGGCCAGUGCCAGUGGCUCCACCUGUACAUA